CUGGGCACUCUUGUCGAGUUUCUCAUACUAUGUCAUGUUAUUUGUAGAUGAUUGUGUGGAACCAGUUGGAUGAUUGGAUGGAUUGUAGGCUACAAUGCUGUUUUCUCAAAGAAAAAAACUGAAGGUGACGCUACUGCAUCUCUUCGUACUCUGCUCAGCCCAGCAUUCUACCCAACCUGAGACUUGGCAGGUGAAAGGCAUCGUGGGAAAGUCUCUCUCUUUUCCAGAAAAGGUGUUGAAGUCUGGCACUUUACUUUAUGAAGACCUUGGCAAUAUUGCACACGUGUACCCUGGUAAACAAUGUAAUACAAACCUUGAGAAGAGAUUUGAAAACCGCCUUCACUGGAACAAUGUUACUGGAUUCUUCACUUUGUCAGACCUACAAAUAGACGAUUCUGGGAUUUACACUGUGGACAAUGCAGAUGAAGAGAUGACACAUGCAUUUCAGCUGACUGUGUACUUUCUGUCCAAACCUCAAGUGACAGUCCAUGACAGCAGCUCCUGUAGUGUGUUGUGUUCUGUGGAGAACGGGAGAGAUGUGACCUUGUCCUGGUACCGAGGAGAGGAGAAACUCAACCAUACCAGCAGUCCUGACCUCAAUAUCACACUCUCUAUACUGCUCAAGGUGGAUGAACAGAACAGAGAGUCUUACAGAUGUGAGGCUGCCAACCGAGUCAGCAAGGAGAAUGCUGUUGUUCCAAAUCCCUGUAUAGAGAGUGAUCCAUCCAAGGUGGCAGAUGGUGAUGAGAGGACUCAAGGUUGUCUUAUUAUUGCUGUAAUCUGCGUUCUGGUUGCUUCAGGACUUGUUGGACUUGCAAUCUAUCUUAAGAAGAGGAGAAACGGACACUCACAUGCAGGAGGAGCGAAGAGGUAUACCAGAACUGGAUCUGCUUAGAGACAACACUAACCUGAACAUUAGUUUAUUAUACACUCCAGUAACAUCACAUGGCUGCCAGCGAGGAUGUUGACACAGCAUGAAGGAGAGAGAGAACAGCAAGUUACUGAGAGGGUAACAUGAUAAUUCACAUCCAAGAGAAGGUGUUACCUCUUACAGUGGAUGUUGAGACAAAAUUAUAGUAAAUAUUCAUCUGGAAAACUUAAUGGAGGCACAGUUGUUACUGGAGGAAAUUCCCAUUUAACGAUUGUGCUGUUAUCAUUUCAAACUUCCUUUGUUGGUCAUUCUCACAGUCUCUUGUUGAUUUGGGGGCUUGAUGAGAUUCACUGAUGCAGACAAAUUCAAUAACUAUGCCUAGGGUUAUUAGUAGGAUGAUCCCUCUUUUCAAGUGCCCAUUGUCCAAAUGUAUAGGUUAAAACAAAUGGAACCUCUUUUAAUACAAUUAAUUAGUGUACUUACUAUACUACUGCUGUGCCAAAGCUUCUUUUCAGUAUUGUCUGUUCUGUUGUUUAAAUGUAGGUGCCGCCCCUGUAUAUUUUUUUUAUAACUGGUCAUUAUUUAGCUUGCCAGUGGAUAGCAGCUGUGAACAUAAAAAGUAGAUGUUUGGUGAGAAAAAGCCACCUACUCCUCAGCACAAUGGCUAUAAGUGUAAUGGCUUUCGUUGGUGGAAGGACCAAAAUGCAGCGUGGUACGUAUCCAUAAUAUCAUUUAAUCGAGAAUGAAUACAAAAUACAAAAGAACAAGAGAAUAAAUGAAAACCGAACCAGUAACGAUUGGUACUAACACAUGAAACAAUCACCCACAAAACACAAUAGAAAACAGGCUACCUAAAUAUGGCUCCCAAUCAGAGACAACAACUGACACCUGCCUCUGGUUGAGAACCAUACUA